ACUUGACAAACACUGACGACGAGCGACAGCUGCGUCGAACGACCAAAAUGACAAUUAUCAUCAUCAUAAUUAACCAUAACGUAUAAAAAAUAUCGAUGUGUGUUUUUUGUCGCGCUGGAACUUGUGUUUGAUAACGUGUGCGUUCCGGCAAUCGAAGUGAUCCCUCUUCGCGUGUCUCGAUGGAUCUUUGGCUGCGGCCACAGGUUGCUCACCUGUGAGGCGGCGGGUGCGCGCUUUCAUUCCGACACUGCGCGCCCGCGCGGAGGGAGCCGAAGCGAAACGAACCGAACUGAAACGAAACGAAACGAAGCGUCCGCGCCACGGAGCCAACCAGCCUAAAUUCCGACCGAAGCAAGCCACUUCCUCCUGGCCGCCUCGGACGAGCGCUCCGCUGACGCCACGUCAACUGAAAACCGAGCAAAGUGUGCGAAGAACAAGCACUCGCUUCCCGCCGUGAGUUGACGACGCAGCGGCCAUGCUGGAGCCGUCCUCGAGCGACGACACCGGCGUGGAGUCCGACCCGGAAGUUGCCCGGGAGCCCACCGGGACGGCAGACGGCUCCUCCGCGGUGAAGAACCGAGCAGGCGGUAGCCGGCGGCGACGGCACACACCGCCGCACAAUCACCGACAGCCCGCCGCCGCCGCCGGAGCCGAAGCCGGAGCCUCGUCCUUCGCGACUGGAGUCUCCCCCGCCGCCGCCGAGCAAAGUGCUCACCGCGGCGGCUCCACAGGUGACGACGAAGCGGAGCACAAAGUCAAAUUGCAGAUUUACGUGUUCGUGCUGAGGUGCAUCGCUUACCCGUUCAACGCCAAGCAGCCCACCGACAUGGCCCGGCGGCAGCAGAAGGUGAACAAGCAGCAGCUGCAGGCGGUCAAGGAGCGUUUCGCCGCCUUCCUCAACGGGGAAACUCAGAUUGUGGCCGACGAAGCCUUCUGCAACGCCGCGAGGAGCUACUACGAGGGCUUCCUGAAGAGCGAGCGCGUGUGCCGCAUGGUCCAGAGCGGCGGCUGCUCGGCCGGCGACUUCCGCGAGGUCUUCAAGAAGAACAUCGAGCGGCGCGUGCGCAGCCUCCCCGAAAUGGAUGGCCUGAGCAAGGAGACGGUGCUGAGCUCCUGGAUGGCCAAGUACGACGCCAUCUACAGGGGCGACGAGGACCUGCGGCGCCAGCCCCAACGCCCGCACCUCGCCGCCGUGUCCGAGCUCAUCCUCAGCAAGGAGCAACUCUACGACAUGUUCCGACGCAUCCUGGGGGUGCGCAAGUUUGAGCACCAGCUGCUCUACAACGCCUGCCAGCUGGACAACACGGAUGAGCAGGCGGCGCAGAUUCGCCGAGAGCUGGACGGGCGAUUGAAGCUGGUGGAGAGAAUCGUCACGGAGAGGAGAUGCCCGAAGAUGGCGUCGGCCGACAUGGACGCCCUGUACGCCGAGGAGCUGCGCUCCUCCAUCAACCUGCUGAUGGUCAACUUGGAGAGCCUCCCCGUGUCCAAAGGAGGGGGCGACUUCAAGCAGAAGCUCAAGCGCUCCUCCCUCAACAACUCCUUCCUGGACCUCGGCGACCAAGCGGACGUCUUGUCCAAGUCCGACGUCUCGUUGUCCUUCGCGCUGGAGGUGCUGAUCAUGGAGGUUCAAGGGCUGAAGUCGGUGGCCCCCAACCGGAUCGUCUACUGCACCAUGGAAGUGGAAGGAGGCGAGAAGCUGCAGACGGACCAGGCCGAAGCCUCCAGACCCCAGUGGGCCACGCAGGGCGACUUCUGCACGACGCACCCGCUGCCCUCCGUCAAAGUCAAACUCUUCAUGGAGAACACCGGCGUCCUGGCCCUGGAAGACAAGGAGCUGGGCCGAGUGGUCCUGAACCCCACCAUCAACGGGCCCAAGCAGGCCGACUUCCACCGCAUGCUGGUGCCCAAGAACAGCCAGGACGCCGAGUUGAAGAUCAAACUAGCCGUGCGUAUGGACAAACCGCCCAACGUCAAGCACAGCGGCUAUUUGCACGCGCUGGGACAACGCGUGUGGAAGCGCUGGAAAAGGAGGUACUUUGUUCUGGUUCAGGUGAGCCAGUACACGUUCGCUAUGUGCAGCUACCGCGAGAAGAAGGCCGAACCGCAGGAGCUCAUGCAGCUGGAAGGCUACACGGUGGACUACUGCCACCCGCAGCCAGGCCUGCAGGGCGGCCGCGUGUUCUUCAACGCGGUGCGGGAGGGCGACCUGGUGGUGUUUGCCUGCGAGGACGAGCAGGACCGCGCGCUGUGGGUGCAGGCCGUGUACCGGGCCACCGGGCAGUCCUACAAGCCCGCGCCGCCCCCCUACGGCAACGACGGCAAAAACUGCGGCCCCCCCGGGAACAAGCCGACAUCGCCCAUCAGUCUGGAUCCGUCCGAGCGUCGCGGCGUGGAGGAGCUGGUGUCGUCGGCGCCGAGCCGCUUCGACCACGCCCGCCUCUUCGCCCUUUUGCAGAGGCAAACGCUGCGGCACCGCAUGAACGAUUCCUUCUCCUGCCUGGGUUGGUUCAGCCCGGGUCAGGUUUUCGUCCUGGACGAGUACUGCGCCCGCUACGGCGUUCGCGGCUGCCAUCGCCACCUGAGCUACUUGAAUGACCUGAUGGACUUGUCGGAGGACAACACGCUGGUGGACCCCACGCUGCUUCACUACAGCUACGCCUUCUGCGCCUCGCACGUGCACGGCAACAGGCCUGACGGGAUGGGGACGGUGACGCUGGAGGAGCAGGAGCGCUUCCGGGCCGUCAGGAGUCGACUCAUGCUUCUCCUCCGGGCCGUCAGGAGUCGACUCAUGCUUCUCCUGGAGAACCAGAUCACACAUUUUAGGUACUGCUUCCCUUUCGGACGACCAGAUGGCGCACUGAAGGCCACCCUCUCCUUGCAGGAGAGGGUUCUCAUGAAGGACGUGAGCACGCCGGUCAGCUGCGAGGAGAUGAAGAAGGUGCUGCAGGCAUGUCUGGAGAAGGCGGCGGCCAUUAACUACAGCCAGCUCAUCGAGUACGCCGACGUGAAGGCCGAGCCCGAACCGGACGCUGAGAAGAGGUUGCGGGACGCCGUCAGGCUGGCCGAGCUCGUCAUCGAAGUCUUGCAGCAGAACGACGAACAUCACGCCGAGGCCUUCUCGCUGUGGCCCGAGCUGAUGCGCCGGCACGCCGAGAGCUUCCUGUCGCUGUACCGCGCCGACAUGGACUCGUCUCUGCGGGUGCAGCCCGUCGAUUCGUGGAGCAGCUUUCCGCUCUUCCAACUCCUCAACGGCUUCCUCAGCGCCGAUCCCCAGCUGUGCAACGGCCCCUUCCACAAGCACCUCCAGGAUCUUUUUGUCCCUCUGGUGGUGCGCUACAUCGACCUGAUGGAGUCGUCCAUCGCCCAGUCCAUCCAUCGCGGCUUCGAGCAGGAAACCUGGCAGCCCGUCAAAAGGGGCUCGGCCACGUCGGAGGAUCUUUUCUGGAAGCUCAACGCGCUGCAGGCCUUCGUGUCGGACCUCCGCUGGCCCGAGGACGAGUUCGCCGCCCACCUGGACCAGAGACUCAAGCUGAUGGCCAGCGACAUGAUGGAGGCCUGCGUCAAGAGGUCAGACCAAAUGCGCUUCGAAGGCAAAAUGCAGAAAGUCAGCAGGUCGACGGACUUGCGCGUGCCCCUCUGCGUCUGCACCAUGCUCAACAUCGUCGUGGACGCCAAGAGGCACUGCCCCAAACUUUGCGCGCUGGACACCGGGCAGGAGACGGACACGCAAUGGCAACACUACCACUCCAAGAUCGACGUGCUGAUCGACGCCACCUUCCAAGACAUGAUCUGCGCUCUCGUAUCCAAGUUGUGUGCAGUGUUGGACGCGGUUCUGUCCAAGCUGUCGAGAUACGACGAAGGAACUUUAUUGUCAUCCAUCCUCUCCCUCACGGUGAAAGCAGCUACCAAAUAUGUGGAAGUUCCCAAAUCCGGCUCGGACGUGGCCGACGCCUACGUGGGCUUCGUGCGGCAGAAUCAGGAGAUCCUGCGCCAGCGCCUCCACGACGACGUCUGCAUGGACAAAAUCUUUGACCAAUGGUACAGCGCGUCCAUGAAGGCGGCGAGCGUGUGGUUGGCCGAUCGCUUGGACCUCCAGCUCAACCCGUACCAGCUCAAGACGCUCAUCAAGAUGGUCAAGAAGAGCUACCGAGACUUCCGUCGUCAGGGCGUCGCGGACGGGACGCUCAACGGCAAAAGCUACGACGCCGUCUACAACCGCCUGACGUUGGAGGAGGCCACGCUGGCCGUCAAGGCGGGAGGCGGCCUGGAUGGGGUCAGCAUGCAGGACAGCGACCGGGACGACCAAUGAACGCCAACCGCGGAGCCAAAACCGCAAGUGUCAAAUUAGCGAAGGAAACAAGCGGGCGGAAGCUAAGCUAGCGUAGCAUCCCUGUGGUUUUUGUGCGGCUAAGAAACAAGCGAGCGGAAGCUAAGCUAGCGUAGCAUCCCUGUGGUUUUAGUGCGGCUAAGAAACAAGCGAGCGGAAGCUAAGCUGGCGUAGCAUCCCUGUAGUUUUAGUGCGGCUAAGAAACAAGCGAGCGGAAGCUAAGCUGGCGUAGCAUCCCUGUAGUUUAAGUGCGGCUAAGAAACAAGCGGGCGGAAGCUAAGCUAGUGUAGCAUCCCUGUGGUUUUAGUGCGGCUAAGAAACAAGCGGGCGGAAGCUAAGCUAACGUAGCAUCCCUGUAGUUUUAGUGCGCUAAGAAACAAGCGGGCGGAAGCUAACCUAGCGUAGCAUCCCUGUGGUUUUAGUGCGGCUAAUGCUAGCAAGUCACACGCGGUUUGUUCCCAUGCGACGGUUUU